AUAAAGCUGUAUUGUGAAACGUUCAACAUUAAGCAUUUUUCCUUACUACAGUAAAUAUUAUACAUUUUAAAAAUAAAAAAUGGAAGAAACUUUUAGCAUAUAUUUUUUCCGAGCUAUGAUUGUACUCGGAAUCUUUGCAUUAACAAAUGGACAAUUCGGGGGAUAUGGGAGAAGACGAAUCAUACCGAGAAGAAUGUACCCAAGAUAUCCUAUGGGUGGUGGUAUGAUUGACCCAUAUUCUAGAGGAUCUAUUAUAGGCGAUCCUUACGUUGAUCCAUACAUUGGGACUGAUACACUUGGAGGUGGAAUCUAUCCUGGAGGAGGUAUAGGCGUUAUUGGAGGUCGACGACGCCCAGUUGUCGUUGAUGACAGUUCAAGAAGAAAUGCUCAGGAUAUAAAUGUGUCAAACAAUAAUGUUAAUCGAGAAGUUCGUACAGAUUCAAAUAACGUCGUUGUAAAUCAAGUUACAAACACUAGGACUUGUGAGUGUCAAACUGGUCAUAUAAUGGGAGGACAAUGUGGUCCAUAUCAACAAUGUGUGUCAGACAGUUCAUGUAGUGGCGGAGGAGGAAACGGAGUAUGUCGAGACACUGGUAUGGGCGGUGGUUUUAUGGAUGGUCCAUUUGUGGGUGGUCCCGUCGUUGGCGGUCCCAUCAUGGGAGGCCCUGGUGGUUUUGUUGAUGGACAUGGUCAUGGUCAUGGUGGAAUGAGGAUUGUUUAACUGUAUCAAAUGUAUAUAACUUCAAUAAAUUAUUUUUAAUAAAACAGUUUAAAUUA